AUGGAGAUGUUUGAUGAAGCUCAAGGUUUGAUACUCGAAGAAUUUUUUUAUGCUUGUUCUGAUACUCUAUACAGAAUCUCUGGAGUUAUUCCAGAUUGCAGACCCGAGCUUAAACCGUUUGUUGGUCAGGUGUUUGAAACAUUAGAGGAAGGAAUUUCCUUUUAUGAAGCAUAUGCCAACGACUGUAGGUUUGAUACUCGAAGAUUUGGACAUAAGUACGCAAAUGGUGUCAAAACAUGGCAGACCAUUGUGUGCAGCAGGCAAGGUGAAAGGGGGAUGUCGACGAAGAGGUAUAUAACCGAUUCCGGCAGUCCUCGAUAUGCUGUCAGCAACUUUGUAGACCAACACAAUCAUGAUAUGGUCGAUACAAAGCACGUCCGAUACAUGAAAUCUAACCGUAACCUUGGGGAUAUCCAUUAUAAAUUCCUACAGGACUGCACAAAGGCCAACAUUCGACCUACACAGACUUUCAAUUUAUUGAAGGAAUUCCUGGGUGGCUAUGAUGAUGUGGGUUGCACAGUUACUGAUUUACGGAACGCCAAGCGCGACAUAUUGCAAGAAAUGAAAGGCGCUGAUGUCCAGAUGAUUUUAAAUCAAAUGGAGGAGAAGAAGAACACCAUUGACGGUUUCCAUUACAAAUUUCAGCAAGGUAGUGAUGGAAAGUUACUUAGUCUUUUUUGGUGUGACGUUGUGUUGCGAAAGAACUACAAGAUGUUCGGUGACAUUGUAUCCUUUGAUACUACGUACUCAACAAACAGGUAUUGCAUGGUGUUUGGUCCAUUCACUGGAAAAGACAACCACAGAUGCCCUGUUACGUUUGGUGCUGGCUUCAUUUCAAAUGAGGGCGCCGACUCAUUCUCUUGGUUGCUUAGUGAGUUUGUAGAAUGUAUGGGUUUCGCGCCUAAGUUGAUAAUAACUGACCAGGAUUGGGGGAUGAAACUUGCCAUAGAACAUGUACCCAAAAGAAUACUUGCGAACGAACAGUUGAAGAAGGAUUUGGACUCUUGUAUAUGGUCUGAAUUGUUGGAGCCAGAGGAAUUUGAAGAAACUUGGUUGACCAUUAUGGACCAAUAUGGUUUACAAAACGAAUCUUGGUUCACAACUAUGUUCACAAAACGGGAGUAUUGGAUUCCAGCAUAUUUCAGGGAUUUCCCAAUGGGGUCGUUGUUGAAGACAACAUCAUUCUCUGAGUCCGAGAACAGCUUUUUCAAAAGGUACACAAAACCACACUUCAACCUUGCUGACUUUGUGAUGCACUACAACAGCGCGUUGGAUGCUCAACGUAACAUAUCAGAAAGGCUCGAUUUCUCUGAUGCUACAAAAGUCCCCAUCCUGUCAACAGAGUUCUUAUUUGAGAAACACGCAGCGGAUAUGUAUACAGAUCGCAUCUUUCAGCAAGUUCAAGAUGAGAUCGUUGAGGCUCAUCGACGCUGCAGAAUGACUCACUUUGAGAUGGAAGACAAUACUGAGAUUUACACAAUAACGGACAGCCAUCGAAACAAAGUUGUUGUCCGCCACGAAGUUGGCACAGAAUCGUACAACUAUGACUAUACAUAUAUAGUUACAAGGUGGCUGAAGACGCCAUUGUUGAAAUCAGUCCACUGUGAUUCUAGUGAGGAAGCAUCGUCAUCCGAAGUUUCACAGGUUGAUCAUACACGAGUUGUAACCGCCAAACUGCAUUCCUUAUACUUUCGCUUAUUUCAACGAGCACAAAGCAAUCACGAUGACAUUGUUGCAUUAUUCGAUGGAAUGGAAGAACUAAGUCAAAAACUCUUUGGGGAUACAGUACCUUCAGUGUCUUCCACUGAUAAAGCACAGAGGAUUGAGCAUCUGUACGGGGCAUCUCGACCGAGUGUUGUUAACGUGCACCCUCCCAAUGUAGUGAGUACAAAGGGAUCUGGCAGCAGAUCUGGAAAGAGAAUUGCGUCAGCAAUUGAGAAGGCUAUUAUACUGCAGAACAAACCUAAGAGGCGAUGUGCAAAGUGUCGAGAAAUGGGCCAUCACGAUGCAAGGAAUUGUGGUAGGAAGAAAGGAAAAUCCAAAAUGUAG